AUGGAGAAGGAAAAGGCAUCCCAUGCGAGCCCCAGUAUUGGAGUCAACGAAUUUGUCGUCCAAGGGGAAAUAUCUAUAGAUGAUUCCGAAAGAUCGGUCAAGAGUGAUAGCAUCAGCAUAAGUCAGGAUGAAGAUGACAAGACAGACACUCAAGAUAAUACUAGCAUACUGUCCGCAAAACCACUCUCACAAACAGAUUUAGCAAUUGACGAUACGCUAUUAGGUAAAAACCCAAAAUAUGAGAAACUCUUCACUGAAAAGAGGAAACGUCGAAGACCACCCACCACAAGCAGCAGAAACUCAAUGAACUCGGAGGACAGCGAACAAAAGAAUCACAUGGGUGGAAAACUUUACCACAUUAAAAUCUUACUAGGCUCGGAUCUAAACUCGCUAAGGGAUUCGUUAUGGAUAAUAAAGGUUUCUACAGAACAGAACAUCGAAAAAACUAUAGCAAGAAGUUUUGCUGAUUUCUACUGGUUGUACCACCAAUUACAAAACAAUCAUUGGGGAAGAGUUAUCCCUCCACCAACUAGGUCCAAUAUCCUUGUGGAGAAGGAUGAGUUUGCCAUAAACCAUCUUUUCAUGAUACGUAAUAAUGAAAAGUAUGAUCCAAUUUUCAACUUCAGGCCGGAAUAUAUCAUAUCAUUACAAUUGAUGAGGAUGAUAAAGCACAUAUUCAACGAUAAUGUCUUACGUUUGGAUUCUAACUUUAUAGAUUUUCUCAAUUGGGAUGAUGCUAUUCCUGCAGAUUCACAGAUGAUUGUUGAUGAUAGCAUCCUUAAGGGUGAUAAAGUACUAACAGCAUCGUCUCAAUUCCGCGAACUAAAAGAGUUUCAAAAGCAAUCAAAAAGAACCGAAUCAAUGACAAAUUCCCACGCUUCCAUCAUACCAAUGACAGCGCUCACUGAAGUUUAUAUAAGCCCUACGAAAUUAUUCUCUAGAAAAGAUUAUCAACGACUUUUCCAACCUCAAAGUACCGACAACAAUGUCAGUAACAAUGACCCAUUGAUUCAAGAGUGGAUUCCCAAGAGUAAGUCUUUAUUCACCAGCUUAUCAUUUGGGUCAAGUACGCCCGCAUACCAAGAAACAUCCGCUGGAAUCCAAGCGUGUCAUGACUGGAUAACUUUAUGCAAGGAGCAGUGGAGACAGUUACUGUACCAUGUGUUAGAAUACAUCGUGGAUGAAACAGUAAAGGAAAAUUCUGUAAUAAAUGAAUUCACUGAUUGUCUUAAGCAGAUGUCCUCGGAAGAAGUCAUUAGAGCAAACUCUGAAUUAUUUUCAAAUUUUUCCGCACUAAAUGAAUCCUUUCUGCAAAAUUUUAAACGUGCUUCACAGCAAGAUAUUUUGAGACUUGUAAUAUUGUUCGAUGAAAAUGUAAGAUUUUGCGAAUCGUUUGAAUCUAUCUUAAAUCAAAGAUUGAAAUUAGGUAGAAUUCUAAACAUUAUCGAAACGGAUCUAGAAAAAAAAAAAAGUUAUCUUGACAAGUUAUCUCAUAAUAAUGACAAGGACCCUAAAGUCCGUAUAGCAGAAGACGAAUUCCGUAUUGUAUCAAAAAGGUACAGCCAUGUCAAGCAAAACUGGGAUGAAAUCAUGGAAAAAAUUAUAAAUGAACGAAAAUUCUUUGAGGAGAGACAAGCUAUCGAGAUUGACAAUUGCUUCAAAUCAAUAAAGGAUUCAAACACGGAUGAGAAAAGGAAGUACUUGCAAUUAUGGAAGGAUUUUAAAUUGAACGAAAAAAGAGAUUAA